AUGUCAAAGAAACAGGAAUAUAUUGCGAAAAUCAAAUAUCAAAAUAACCUCCCUCCACCGCUACUACCACCAAAAUUACUUACUUAUUCAUUCAAUCCCGCUGAAGCAGUAGAUUCGCCUCAAUUAUUGACAUCAUUGUAUACCAAGACCAAUGUUACUCCUUUGAUUAAACUAAAUAAUGAUCUGGGGAUGCCACUAGAUUUAAUCCAAAUCCCUGGAUUAUUGAAUAACAAUGAUACCAAACUGCUUUAUGGGUUUGAUAAUAUUAAUUUGCACCCAGAAGAUAGAGUCUUACUGAGAGAUCCAAGGGUUGAUAGAUUGACCAAGACUGAUAUUUCCAAAGUGAAUUUCCUAAGAAGAACGGAAUAUGUUUCAUCCACGAUUGCCUCGCAACAACGUAAUGACGAUUUCAAUGCAAACAAUAAGAGAAAAUUAAAAGAAUUGGAAAUGGAACAAAAUGAAACUUUGAGCGCAAGCCAGGUGGUUCAAAAAGUGGAAAAUACCUUUGACUCAAUGACUUCUGAGGCAAAUGAUUUAACUAAAUUAGUGCAUCCAAUAAAGAAGAAAUUAAAAGCUGUAAAGACUUGGAAUUUGUUACCUGAUACUGCAUCUAUGGACCAAAGCUAUUUCACAUUGAGGUUAGUCGGUAGUGCUGCCUUAGAUAAGAAGGAAAGAGAUAAACUAGCUUUAUCAACAGCAAUCUUUAGACCUGUGGAAUUAGAAGAAGACGAAUGGAUAUCAAUGUAUACUACAGAUAAGAAGGACUCUAACAUCCUAACCAAUUUAGUAGAAAAGAAUAUCGAUGAUGCCAAGGUAUUAGAUGACGAAGUAGAUCAUAAGACUUUUAAAUUCAAGAGAUUAAGAGAUUUUGAUAUGAAACAAGUGCCACAGGCUAACCCUAAUACUGGAGCAUUUGGUGAAUUAGCAAUUGUACUAAAUAAUGAAAAAGGUAUUGCAUAUUACAAGCCAUUGCGUCCUAGAAUUGAACUUAGACGUAGACGUGUAAAUGAUGUGAUAAAGCCACUCGUAAGAGAGCAUAAUAUUGACCAAAUAAAUAUAUCCUUAAGAAAUCCAACUCCACAAGAAGCUAAUAUCAGAGAUCGAUUGAGAAUGAAAUUUGAUCCAAUCAAUUUCUCUACUGUUGACGAAGAAGAUCUGGAAAAAGAUGGAGAGGAAGUUUAA